GGGUUUCUGCCCAGGGAGCUGCCGGCACCACGUCCCGGCCGCCGCAAGGGCUGCUCGGCUCAUGCGGGCACAGCCUGCGCCAGGGACCGCUCCGGCCGCUGGGGGCUCGCCAGGAACGAUGGAAUUUGAACUCUGGAAACCGAGCACAAAGUGAAAAAACAGCGCUGGGGCAGACAGGGCUGAGAUGGACGAUGAGAGAACAGAUCAAAAUGCCAGCAAACUGCACGGAGCUGCGGGCCAGGCAUGUGCAGCGCCGCCGGGUACCCCGCGGAUGAGGGACUUUGUUUCAGACUGGUCUCCUUUACAUGAGGCCUCUAUCCAUGGGCGUCUGCUUUCCCUGAAGAGGCUCAUUGAACAGGGGAAUGAUGUCAAUCUUGUUACAGCAGACCAGGUGUCUCCUCUCCAUGAAGCCUGCCUGGGGGGUCAUGCUGCCUGUGCCAGUGUCCUGUUAAAACAUGGUGCUCAGGUGAAUGGAGUGACUGUUGACUGGCACACACCACUGUUCAACACCUGUGUCAGUGGCAGUGUGGCUUGCUUGAAUUUACUGCUGGAGCAUGGAGCCAGCCUACAACCAUCCUGUGACCUGGCAUCCCCCAUCCAUGAAGCUGCAAAGAGAGGUCACGUGCAAUGUGUUGAACUCCUUGCAUCCCAUGGGGUAAAUAUAGAUCACAACGUCAAGCACCUGGGUACUCCACUCUAUGUAGCAUGUGAGAACCAGCAACUCAACUGUGCCAAGAAGCUGCUUGAGUCAGGAGCAAACGUGAACAGUGGCAAGGGCCUGGACUCCCCUCUGCACACGGCUGCCAGGAAUUGCAGCGUGGAGCUGGUGAAGCUGCUGAUGGACUUUGGAGCAGACCUUUGGCUGAAGAAUGCUGAAAACAAGAGGCCAGUGGAGCUGGUCCCACCUGGCUGCCCUGUGGGCCAACUGUUCCUGCAGAGAGAAGAAAUGGGUCCUGCUGCCACAAGCCAAAGUGCAGUUGUGACCACUCUGCUCCCUUGGGUGCUCCCCUGGGGAUAUGAGGAUGUGGGAGCAAGGAUGCUGAGACUCCAGCUCUUCUUCCCAUUGCCCUGUUUCCUUUUGAGCUCUAAACCAAAGUGCAUCUGCAUCACCUGGGAGCAGCAGCAUGCCCAGCACCCUGAGGGGCUUCCAUGUCACCCCUGAGCUCAAGGGGCAGCCACACACUCAGUGCUUCUGGAGAUCCUUUUUCACUUUGCUGUGGAGACUCUGUAAGAGGGGGCUGGGAGUGCAAAAACUGCUGCCAUCCCUAACAGCAGCAAUGAGAGACACAGAGCCCUCAGCUCAGAAGAGACUGGCAGCCUUCAAGUACAUGAAAGCUGAUUUUGGUGUUCACCAGUGUGCCAGUGUGAGCAGUGCCAGCCUGCCUUGUGCAAGGGGAACAUUAGAGAGGAGAGAUCAAAUGCUGCCUGGAUGCUGGUAUUUGAUGUAAAUCACAAUUCAAAUCCUUGUCUGCACAGCAUGGCUGCUGGCUGUAGGUGUCCAGUGUGAUGGUUUGAUUCCUUUGUGCUGACACAUCACAGUUCUGUUGGGUUUGUGGGACACUAAAUUGUACCCUAAUGGGACAAAAUGACAAACACAGUUAGGUCUCUAACUCCUCUGGUGAUAGAGACACUUGGGAAUGUGUCACUUAUCUGACCCAAUUCAUCACACAUACUUGAGCCAUGUGAAAAUCAACUGGCUGGUUUAAGAUGGCCUUCCAUCUGGUUUUCCUCAUGCCCAGGAAGAAGAGUAGACAUCUGUCUUCACAGAGGUUAAAUAAAAGCAGGUAUCUGGGAUGGGGAAGGUAUAUUCUUCUAAAAUCACUGUCUUAAUUAAGCUGAAUCUGCAUUGGACAGUCAAGGAAUGGACAGUGAACCUGCUGCUUAAAUUUUAGACAUUAAAGUGUGCUUUGGUGACGCAGUGGAGAGCUGGAGUUCCAUUUCAUUAUAUCCUAGAUGAUGAAGAAAUAUUUGUGUAUGUACUAAUUUUACUUUUGCCUUUAUUUUGUAACUUCAGCCAAUGGGUUUAUAGGAGUAAUUACAAUACCAGAAGAAAAUUGCUCCAAGAACCAGGUGAGGGUGUUGCUUCUAGUUUGCUUUUCUUAUGAAAAUUUCAUGGUAUGACUCUUGUUUACUUGAAUUUCUCUGCCCAAGUGGAAUUAGAAUGAAUUCUGUAUGCUCAGUUUGUAUCAUCUCUGUGUGUUUACUUAUUUAUUUUCAUAAAAAUUGUGGUCAACACUGGUGAAAUACAGCUUUAUGCAUCAACACUUAUCCAGUUAUAAACUGUUGAAGUACAUGAUGCAAACUGAAUAAGCUCUUUAUAGGUGAGGUUUGGAUUUUUUCUAUAUUUGAAACCAUUCAAAAUGUAAUGCAGGAUUUAAAUGAUUGUCAGGAAUAUAUUUAUUCACAUUCUUUCUUAUUUUUAUGUAAACAGUUUAAUGGUAGUUAAGUCACACAAUUUUGUAGGAUAUUUUCUCAGAAAUAAAUAUUUCAUACUCUUUUGCUUGUUAA